AUGCAAAUAACAGUACCGCCAUCCGUGAAAGGUAUGACAGAACUUAAUCGUGAUGAAUUUACACAGACAAUUACGGUGCCGUAUAUUAACAUACCAGGUGAAUGUAUGCAAUCGAAACAAUUAAAAGAUAUUCUACUUAUACUUCCUUCAUUUAAAAAUGCUCGAGAUUUAGAACCACGAUUAAAACAAAUUUCACUUGAUCCAGAUGUAAUUCAAACUAAAGAAGAUAUUAUUAAACGUGUACCCUCAAUAGAAGAAUAUGUUGAACAAUCAUUUGGUUUUAUUCAAAUAAUCAUAACAUACACUAAUUAUACUAUCGAACAAAUUAUUAAAGGAAUUCUACCAGAUGAUUUAAUGAAAGAUAAAAAUGUUAAUAACGGUUCAGGUUAUAGUCUCAUUGGACAUAUUGCUCAUUUCAAUUUAAGAGAUGAAGUUUUACCAUAUAAACAUAUAAUCGCUCAAGUUGUUCUUGAUAAACUGCCACAUGUAAAAACAGUCGUAAAUAAGUUACAUGAAAUCGAUUCUGUCUAUCGUAAUUUCGAAUUAGAAAUUCUUGCCGGUGAUCCUAAUACUAUAGUUAAAUGCCGUGAAAGUAAAGUCACAUUUGAAUUUGAUUUUGCAAAAGUUUAUUGGAAUCCUCGAUUAAGUACAGAACAUGAACGUAUUAUUGAAUUCCUUCGUCCGAAUGAUCUUGUUUUUGAUGUAUGCGCUGGUGUUGGGCCCUUUGUUGUUCCCGCUUCAAAGUUUGGCUGUUUAGUUUAUGCAAAUGAUAUUAAUCCGGAAUGUUUCAAAUGGAUGAAUGUUAAUUUUAAAAGGAAUCAACCAAAAAAUGCAUUGAGAGAAUAUCAUUUAUUUAAUCUUGACGGAAGAGAAUUCUUGCGGACUAUUGCUUUACCACAGAUUGAACAUUAUCAAAAGCAAGGGCAAUUGAAUCGUAAUAUUGUAAUUUUAAUGAAUCUACCUGGACUUGCUAUAACAUUCUUGGAUGUUAUUUCUGAAUGGUUAUCAAUAAAUAUCGAAGAAAAACAACAAUGGAAAUUGCCAAUUCAUAUUUAUUGUUAUACAUUUUCUAGGGGCGAGGAUCGUGUCGAAGAUGUACGAACGAGACUGAACUUAAUCUUACCGAACGUAGACAAUGAUCAAGUAUCAUAUCGAUUUGUUCGACAAGUUGCACCCAAUAAAGACAUGAUGUGUGUACAUAUUCGUUUGUAUGAUAAGAAAGUGGAAGAUGAUAAAAGACAAAAUUGUUCCGAAUAA